CUCAGCCAGCGCUCGCUCGUCGGAAUGCUUGCGUUUAGCUUAGACGUGUUGCCGGACUUACUUACUGUCAGUACACUGUUGUGUUCUCUCCAUUACGAUUUUAGGUAGCCACAGUACGCAAUGCUCCACCAAGCAUUCGUCGCCUCCGUUCUAGCGAUAUCUCUCGCAUGUCCGGCCAUGGCUUGGUUAUCCUUUCAUGGCCGGAGUAACAAUGAAUUGGUCAACUACUUAAAAAGGAUUGACAUCAUUGUGAGCGACAAAGUAGAAACCGUCAUGAAAUCAGUGGACCGCAGAAACUAUGCCAACCACAACCCAUACGAUGAUUCGGCACAAGACAUCGGGUACGCUGCUACUAUCAGCGCUCCGCACACGCACGCACGGGCACUAGAAUCUCUGAAAGAUCAUCUACGCGAUAGAGCCAGGGCUCUAGAUGUCGGAUCGGGCAGUGGCUACAUAACGGCUUGCAUGGCUUUGAUGGUCGGCAACGACGGAUUGGUUGUAGGCAUCGAUCACAUUCCAGAGUUGGUGAACACGUCUAUUGCGAACAUUAAGAAGGAUCAACCAGGUCUUAUCGAGUCCAAGAGGAUCAAGCUGAUUGUUGGAGAUGGCAGACAAGGGUUCGCUCCCGACAGCCCCUACGAUGCCAUUCAUGUUGGAGCGGUCGCCCCGGAAUUGCCCAUGAAGCUGCUGCAACAGUUGAAGAAUGGAGGUCGCAUGGUCUGCCCAAUUGGUCACGGGGGCUUGAGUCAGAAACUGGAGCAAAUCGACAAGCUUCCAGACGGGACGGUGAAAAGAACCGAGCUGGCCGACGUGGCGUUUGUGCCACUCACGGACAGAGAAUCCCAGCGGCUCUCUAGCAGGUUACUAUCUUGCUGCACAAAGUCCUCUACGUUGCGGUCAGGGCCGUGCAGACUGCGCAGCAGCACACCUGAAAGACAGCAGGCAUGCAUAAAUGCAUGCAUGUGGUGAAUGCCGGUAUAGAAUGAAUAUAGAAAGUGGAUUCUAAAGCACUAAAAGAACGCGUUUUAGGUGCAAAAAAGGACCCCAAAAAGCAUGUAUUUUCUCGGAACAGGCACGGUCAAUAUUGCACUACCAGCACUAGGAGCGAUGCCGUCAGGGUUGGUUGCUUUACGGUAGCAUCCCACUCUAUCGCGUGCAUUUGUGUGACAAUUGCUACUCAGAAAUGAUACGCUUGUAAGUAAAACUUCUUAUGUCGUUCCUCGUUGCACUGCAAAGAUUCCACAGCGCCAGCGAGAGAGAGAGAUAGGAAGAAAAAUGUGGAAUAAAAUAUUUUGGCGUUCACAAAACC